AUGCGUGUGUACGACCCGUUAGGCUUAUUAGCUCCAAUAGUUGUUAAGGGUCGAAUUUUAUUUCAACAAACGUGGAGGUCUAAUGUCGACUGGGACACCGAGUUCCAACCCACGGAAGCAUUAAGAUGGUCUGAUUGGUUUCAGGAGUUGUCAAAAGUAACUUCUUUGGAAAUUCCGCGUUGGUAUUCUAACUCUAAAAACUCUGAACCAACUCAGAGGGAGUUACACGUUUUUGCUGAUGCAAGUGAGCUCGCGUACGCAUGUGUCGCUUAUUGGCGCCUUUUAUACUCAGACGGCAGCAUCGAGCUUUCUCUCAUCUCUAGUAAGGCAAGAGUUACACCCUUGAAACCUAUCUCUAUCCCACGUUUAGAGCUCCAGGCCGCUUUAAUAGCUUCUCGUCUCGCGGUCACCAUUAAGGACAGUCAUAGAAAACAACCGGCACAUACUUUCUUUUGGACCGAUUCUAUGACAGUCCUUCAGUGGUUACGUAAUGACGCGCGCUCUUUUAAGCCUUUUGUUGCCCAUCGUUUAGGCGAAAUUAUUGAAAACUCUUGCGUCAGAGACUGGCGAUGGGUACCAACGGAAUUGAAUGUUGCCGACGACGCUACCAGAAUGCGAUCAAUUAACCUCGACAUGUCCCACAGAUGGUUUCGCGGUCCAUCUUUUCUUUUUAAAUCCGUUGAGGACUGGCCUACAGAGCCAAGGUUUGCCUCACCAAACACCGAUGAACUUAAGACCAAUAGUUAUGAGUUGGUCGGACUAACUUCCUUUGUCGAAGAGUUACCGACUCCGGUCACAGCCAUUUUUGCUAAUUUUAGUAAUUGGCAGCGCUUAUUACGUGCCACAGCCCGGGUACUUCAAGCUGCGGCAAAGUUUGGUGUAAUUUUGGCUUCCAUUAGAAAUUCUAAAUUGAAAGGCGAAAUAGUUUGUGCCCGCCAUCCUUCAACGUCCAUUACUCUACCACCUCUUAGUGCGGAUUUAAUAAAGGCCGCUGAAAGGCAAAUUAUGCAACGAACACAGGUCGAGAGCUUUUCUAUAGAAUUUCUUCAUAUCCUGAACUCGAAGCCUAUUCCUCCGAACAGUCGUCUCAGAAAACUGUCACCGGCUUUGGGAGAGGACAAAUUACUGCGGUUAGCCGGAAGAAUUAAAGCCGCAGAAGGCAUUGACCCUGACACACGCUUCCCCAUCCUUCUUGACGGUCGUCACCCAAUUGUACGUUUAUUGGUACAAUUUUAUCAUCGAAAAGCGGGUCACGCAAAUUAUGAACUAGUCGUGAACGAAUUAAGACAAAAAUUCUGGUUGUUAAGGCUGAGGAACACAGUGAGAACAGUAGCAAAAGAGUGUCCACUCUGCAGAAUUAGAAAGUCCUUGCCGGUGAACCCGAAAACAGGAGAUCUGUCACCUGAAAGAUUAGCUCACCAUCGACGGCCCUUUACUUUUACGGGUCUGGACUACUUCGGCCCCGUAAGCGUGACUAUCGGGCGCAGGCAUGAAAAACGUUAUGUGGCCCUUUUCACCUGUUUAACUGUCAGAGCCCUUCACCUAGAAAUGGUACAUAGUCUAUCGACUGACUCUGCUAUCAUGGCUAUUAGAAGAUUCAUUGCAAGACGGGGCUGUCCAAACAUUAUUUUCUCGGACAACGGAACCUGCUUUGUUGGUGCCAAUCGCAUUCUCAGAGGUUUCUACGGAGAAAAUGUCGAAGAUUUCACAAGCACUCAAGGAAUACUCUGGAAGUUCAUCCCACCUGCGGCACCUAAUUUCGGAGGAUGUUGGGAGCGCUUGGUGCGAUCAGUAAAGGUAGCUCUGAACGCAACAUUAACCGAACGAGCUCCAAAAGAAGAAACCUUGAGCGUCUUACUAGCCGAGGCAGAAGCCAUUGUCAAUUCACGUCCAUUAACUCAUGUAUCUACAGAUCCUGACGACCCGACAACACUCACACCAUUUCAUUUCUUAAUCGGUUCUUCGUCCGUGCAGACCUUACCUACUGCCUUGAACGAUCACGAUUUGGUCAGCCGUUCCGAAUGGAGGAAAGCAUUGAGGCUAGCGGAUCAUUUUUGGUCGCGUUGGAUGCGCGAGGUUCUCCCGACCCUACAACCACGUGAGCAGUCAAGAGGCAACCGCAGUUCAACAGCUUUUCAAGAGGGUGACGUAGUAAUUAUUGCUGACUUUAACUUGCCCCGCGGAAUAUGGCCACGAGGACGUGUUGCGAAAGUGUACCCUGGGAAAGAUGGCGUGAUAAGGGUAGUGGACGUUGCAACAGCAGGGGGAAUGCUACGCCGACCCGUACGAAAGCUGGUUAGGCUCUCCACCUAA